GCGAAGAGAACCUGAAACCAAAUCAUUCUGUUCGCGGUUGUAAUCGUACGGUCGUGGGUACUAUAGCGUAUGUGGUACCCUAUAUGGACGUUCAAUCAACAUUUGGCGUGGCGCAAUUGUUACCAAAAUAUUAUUGUGAAGUGGGUAUAUUGUGAUUUGGAUUUGUUGGACUAGAAUCUAGAAAGGAAAAGCUUUUGAUUAGAUUAGGAUUGAUUAUAAUAAAUUUGGAGAUAAGUAGCUAUCAAUUAUGCACUAUCAGCUUUUUCUCUUCAUCUGCACCAUAGCACUGGUGCGAAGUCUCCCGCAAGGUGCCCCUUCUUCAGUAUGCCAAACCAUGAUGCCGUUUCACGGCGGAGGUAUUCGGCCUCAGGGAGGCUUACCUCCUUACAAUGUAGUGCCAAGAAGGCAAGGAGGACAAGUCUUUGUAACCGUCACUUCAAGUUUAGGAAUACCAUUUCAAGGAUUUUUGUUACAAGGAAGAACACCCAAUGGGGAAAUUCUUGGACAAUUUGAUUCGUCUUCAGUGAACGAAGGACACCCAUUGGACUGUGGCGAAGCGGCCGAUUCCAUAACUCACAACUCACCAAACGACAAAAAUAGCAUCGAUGUUUUGUGGACGCCUCCUAAAGGAUACGAAGGACCUGUUAUCUUCAAUGCUACAAUAGCGCAAGCCUACGACACAUUCUGGGUAGGAGUCGAGUCCAAUCCAGUAGACAUAACAAAUCGAGGCGCCAACGAUCCCCAGUUCGCGUUCCCGACCCAAUCGAAUUCGCCUACGCCGCCCAACUACUCGCCGCCGGAAGUCAAGGAAAGUGCCGCCGAAUUCGAUCCGUUCUACCAAGGUUGUUCGUUUUCCAAAUUAUGUUUCGGUUCGCCCGCCAAUUGUAUCGAUUCGAAAAAUUGCAAAUCGGCAGUGGCUGUCAGCGUUGCGGGCGAUAAAUACGAUUUCGAACUGAAAGCUGAAAGUGGCGCAGCCUGGGUAGGAGUUGGUCUGUCAGAUGAUGACAGAAUGGGAGACGAUUCUGUUAUCGAAUGCGUUAAAAGAGGAAAUGGAAUUGCAGCUUUCAUGUCUUAUACUAAGGGGAAACCUAAUUAUGGAGCACCCAGAUUAUCUAACCCUCAAUUAGGAAUUCAGAUCCUCAAUGGUAGCAUUAUCGAUGGUACAAUAUAUUGUAGGGUGCGGAGAGACGCUCUUACAAACGUUAAUGGAACAAUAUUCGACUUACUUAGUCAGAAAUAUUAUUUAUUAAUUGCCUCUGGUUCUAAAGUUAGAGCAAACUCAGUCGCGUUCCAUGAUCUAUCAUAUUUAGCCAGUGCCGAAUCACAAGCUCUAUCCGACGUUUCCUCCUUAGCCCCAAAAUCAAAAUUACUCAUCAGACUGCACGGUUCUUUCAUGAUUGCUGCUUGGUUGGGCACGGCAUCUUUAGGUAUUCUACUGGCCAGGUAUUACAGACAAACUUGGGUUGGCAGCCAGGUGCUUGGAAAGGACGUAUGGUUUUCAUGGCACAGAACGUUUAUGGUACUCACGUGGGCCCUAACAAUGGCAGCUUUUGUACUAAUUUUCGUAGAACUAAAAGCGUGGUCCGGAGAAAACAAUCCGCACGCUAUUCUAGGACUUGUAACGACUAUACUGUGCUUCUUUCAACCAAUCGGUGCUUACUUUAGGCCUCAUCCUGGUACGGCCAAAAGGCCGCUUUUCAAUUGGUUGCAUUGGGGCCUAGGAAAUGCUGCACACAUCAUUGCCAUUGUGACAUUGUUUUUCGCUGUGAAACUUACCAAAGCUGAAUUGCCUGAAUUUGUAGACUGGAUAUUAGUAGCGUACGUUGUAGUACACGUUAUAAGCCAUUUAUUGUUAUCGAUUAUGAAUUGUGUAGCAGAGAAAUCCUCCGAAAGAAGAGUUUCUUCGUUUCCAAUGAAAGACCUAGGAGGUUCGGGUAAAAGUUCUGCCUAUGCGGACAGAAGUGCUGAUGCACCGUUCAGUACAUUUAGAAGAGCCUGGUUAGCGAUAUACAUUUUAAUAAUAUUAGCAAUUGUCGUUGCUCUGAUUGUGAUAACUGCUCUGGCACCUAUUGAGGAGUCGUGGUCGAAUUUUAAAUCGUCAGUGAUAAAUAAGAAUUAAAGAGUCAAAGAAAAAUGACAGUUUUACUCCAAAUUUUGAAUUGUAUAAAUGGAUUAUAUUUAAUAAUAAAUGUGACUGAUGUUUCGUGUAUUAAAUUAAUAAUAAUAAUUGUGUAUUUUCUAACUAGGUUUAUUGUUUUUGUGUGUAUGUAUAUGAAGAGGCAGUGUAAGAUGUGCAAAUGAUAAAAAUAGGUACCUACCUACUAAUUUUUUAUUAUAAGUACGUAGAGGCAUUUUUUAACAAUUCUUUUAUAUUUUGAUUAUUCUUGAUCAUACAGUUUUAUUUAAGUAUCUAUACUUGAAAAUGUCCCAAAUAUUUUUUGUCUUGUAAAUAAAAAUGGUAUAUGUAUUUACACACAUAA